AUGGCCUCAUUCUGCGGACUGCGAAAGAAAAAGUAUUCAAUAGAAUACCAAUCUCUUCCCUUAGAUACCGCGCCGAUAACCCUUAGAUCGCGGUCGCAGUCAACCUCACGACCGCGACUCGUCCGCCAAUUCGCUGACACAGCAAACCCCACCUCCGAACACGGUGACGUUGAAAAAACGAACCGCGAAAAAGAAAUCCUGUUCGCGCAUUCAAAUCAUUCCAGCGAGCAUAGAAAUCCCGGAUUCGAGUGGUCGCGCGACGAUCAAUUGUCUGUUAUCUUGGAAAUCUGGAGCGAGAAGGGAGAUACACCUGUUUGGGAGAAAUCUGAAGCCGCGAUUAAUUGGGGUCAAAUUCCAAAAUUGUCACCUCCGCCGCCGACGCCAGAAGGGAAGGGAAAGAGGACUAGGUGGAUUGAUCACGAGUAUCCGGACCUUAAAUCACCGGAAGUGGAAUAUUAUCCAAAGAUGUCGUCUUCCGGGAGAGGAAGGGAGAGUCCUAUUACUCCUCGUUCAAUUGAACCACCACCAACUGAUCUCGAAUCGAUAUCGCAAAUCGACUCUUCCCUCAUAUUCGAGCAUUUCACAGCGGCAGAUGCAUGGGAACUCGGAUCAGCGCUUCGAAAUCGUCUCCUCCCCAUUCCAACGCCGGUCGUCAUCGACAUCUCCCUCGCAAACCAGAAUCAAAUCCUAUUCCACACAUGUACACAUUCCGGCGUGAUGCCCGACAACGAUAGCUGGGUUGCUCGAAAGCGGAAAACAGUGCUGCGAUGGGGUGUCAGUACAUGGUAUAUGCAUUGCAAAUUCGAUGGCGACGAGGUUGCCUUCAAGGAGAAAUACGGAUUGGGAAAUAGUGGCGGAGAGUACGCUAUUCAUGGUGGAGGCGUGCCGAUCCGAGUUACCGGAGUAGAGGGCGUAGUCGCCGUUGUGGUCGUUAGCGGCUUGAAACAGCAUGAGGAUCAUGGAGUUAUUGUUGAGGUAAUUCGAGAACUUUACUAUUAG